GCAGCGGCCACAGCAACAGCGGCCACAGCAACAGCAGCGGCAGUCGCAGAGACAGCGGACACAGCAACAGCAGCAACAGCAGCGGACACAGCAACAGCAGCAACAGCAGUGGAGUGCGGCGCGAGGCGUCCGCGCCGUCGUCUCGCGAGCCGCACUCGAGCGGCGCAGGACGCGGUGAGGAGCGCGGUUGGGGGGUGUGCGGCAGCGGUUGAAGGGGAUGAGAUUGUGGCUUGCCACACGGAGGAGUAAUCGCUGACGGGGUUUCUACGCCGUCGCCGUCAUUUGUCGCGAUCGCCCUCGGCGUCGAGCUGCCGUCGCCGCAGCCACCGUCACGAUGCUGCGCGGAGCCACCGAGUGGAGGAGGAGGAUUUCGCACGACAAAUUUUCCCAAAGUUCGGCUUUCAAGUUGAUGUGACGGGACCCCGAGCCGGGCCCACGUCUCGUCUCCAACCCGCGCGCGUCGUUCGAACGAGCCGAGAGCGCGUUCCGCGUGUGUGCACGCGCGUCUGCCGCCCGCCCGUCCGCCCGCGGGCCGGUCCGAGCGACCGCUCCCCCGUCCCGAAGUGGUACAGUCCACGGCACGCAGCAGACACCGGCCCCGAGGCCACGGUUUACGUGGCAGCCGUGUUGGCGGUGACUCUGAACUGCGCCACCAGGAUUGACCCAGGAGCAGCGUCAGUUAAACACGGCGCCGGUCUCACAGAUUGCUAUCGGCUACCAUCCUAGGGAAGCUGCCCGCUGCUGUCGAAGUGACCCGGGCAGGUUCUGUCGUCAAGCUUGACACCGUCCGGGCAUCGUCGUCGAGUUGAUUUUAUUUGGAUAUCGUCAUAAAAGUGACCCGUGCAGAUGUCCCGAGGUGACAAGUUUGUGUACAAUAGUCAAGGUGACCCAUUGUGAUUCCAUUGCACAGGUGGCCCCAUUCGGCCAUCGAGUUGAUUGAUCCGUCUCCCAGCAUCGACGUGAGCCCCUCAGGUUGAACUCAUCGCAGGCGAUCCCUGGACAUUUCCCCGGCGAAGCUCCCCGCAGCGCACCCACUCGGCCCGGUCUCCCCUCGCCCCGGUGGUCUUCGUUAUAAAGCUCCCCGCUAUCCCCCGGCUUCUUCGACAUCGUCUCAUCUCGGAUAACGCCCCGCUCGCUCGCCCGCCCCGCUCAAUCCCGCGCGGAGACCCGGGGCGACCUCGCCCGGCCGGGGAGAGACGGGGGGAGCGCAGGCCGCGGGCCAUGGCGAGCCCCACGAAGCUGGGGGAAGACGUCGGCGCGCUGGUGCCCCGCCUCAAGGGCGCCCCCCGGCCCUCGUGCUUCGCCAACGUCAAGGUGUUCCUGCUGGCCGAGUGCGCGCUCAUGCUGGCGCAGGGCACGGCGGGCGCGUACCUGGUGAGCAUGCUAACCACCCUCGAGCGGCGCUUCAACCUCAAGACGGCCGACCUGGGCAUGCUGGCGAGUAGCUUCGAGAUGGGGAACCUCGCCCUGAUCCUCUUUGUCAGCUACUUUGGCGGCCGCGGCCACCGGCCCCGUCUCAUCGGUUGUGGCGGCAUCGUCAUGGCGCUGGGCGCGCUGCUCUCUGCCCUGCCCGAGUUCCUGGGGCGGCAAUAUCAGCCCCAGGGCGAGGCCUACAAGGCCCUGGGCGUGCGGAGUGACGUUUGCCGACCCAACGUGACGGGCGAGACGGAGGCGGCCGCCAAGUUCGCGCGGGACCGCAUGUGCGUGACCAGCGACCCCGAGUCCACCGACUUCCUUUAUCUGCUGCUCAUCGGGGCGCAGAUGCUGCUGGGUGUGGGGGCGACGCCGGUGCAGCCGCUCGGAGUCUCGUACAUCGACGACCACGUGUCCAAGCGAGACUCCUCCGUCUACAUCGGCAUCGUGUUCACCACGCUGGUGUUCGGCCCGGCGUGCGGCUUCAUGCUGGGCUCCGUGUUCACGCGCAUUUACGUCGACGCCAUCUUCAUCAACACGAGCAAGCUGGACCUGACCCCGGAAGACCCGCGCUGGAUCGGCGCGUGGUGGGCCGGCUUCCUCCUCUGCGCCGUGUUCCUCUUCGUCUCCUCGCUCUUCAUGUUCGGCUUCCCACGCUCGCUCGCCCGCCCGCCGCACUGCACGCCCGAGCUGCUGCCCUCGCUGCCGCUGCCGGUGCUGCUGCCGCCGCCGCCGCCGCCCGGCGCCGUCGAUGCCGGCCACUCGGAUCGCGCCGCCCUCCGACCCCUGGCGGCGCCUCUGACCCCCAAGACGGCAAACGGCAGCGUGGUUACCCCGGGCAACGGGCGGGAGGCGGGGUCGUGUUGCCGCCACUUGAGAGUGAUCCCCAGGGCGACGCGCACUCUGCUACGGAACCCGGUGUUCACCUGCAUCGUGCUGGCCGCCUGCGCCGAGAUCGCCGUCAUCGCCGGCUUCGCCGCCUUCCUGGGGAAGUACCUGGAGCGGCAGUACAACCUCACCGCCUCCUACGCCAACCAACUGCUCGCGAUGACGGCGAUCCCGUGCGCGUGUCUGGGCAUCCUGCUGGGAGGGCUGAUCGUGCGCCGCCUCUCGCUCACGCCCCUGGGCGCGGCGCGCACCGCCCUCAUGGUCAACCUGGUGUCCACGGCCUGCUACGUCUCCUUCAUGUUCCUGGGCUGCGGCACGGGGCCCGUGGCCGGCGUCACCACGCGCUACGCCAACGUCUUCAACGAGUCGGAUGGGGAUUGGCCCCUGGAUCCGUACGCGCCGUGUAACCUGGAGUGUGGCUGUGUGGCCGGAGCGUACAGCCCCGUGUGCGGCUCCGACGGCAUCACGUACCUCUCACCCUGCUACGCCGGCUGCUUGGCUGGGAACAUGUCAGAGUGCCUGUGCGUGUUCGCGAGCGAGGGAGGGCGAGCGGAGAGCGCCGUGCCGGGCCGCUGCCCGAACCCCGAGUGCCAGCGAGUGUUCCCCACCUUCCUCGCCAUGGUCUGCGUCAGCAGCCUCAUCGGCGCCAUGGCGCAGACGCCGGCCAUCAUGAUACUCAUCAGAACCGUGAGUCCGGAGCUCAAGUCGUACGCGCUGGGGGUGCAGUUCCUUCUCAUACGCCUCCUGGGGUUCAUUCCGCCGCCGCUCAUCUUCGGCAUCGCCAUCGACAUGACGUGCGUGCAAUGGUCCGAGCCGUGCUCGCGCACGGGCGCCAUCCUCGCCAAGGGCAGCCGCGGCGCCUGCGCCCUCUACGACAGCGAGUCCUACCGCCGAAUCUACGUCAUCCUGGCCGUGGCGCUCAAGGCCACCGCCUUCCUGCUCUACGCCGCCACGUGGGCCUGCCUGCGCUGCUCGCCGGCGCGCUACCUCCACUCCGGCGGCGCCAACGGAGCGGCCAGGUCGGCGGCGGCGGCCGCGUUCGUCUACAGCCUGGACGAUCGCGAGCUCUGCGAGAACAUGGAGACCGUGCUGUAG